GAGCGAGCCCAUUGGCCACCGAGUGGCGCUGGGCCCAGCCUCGAGCCUAGGGUGGAAGCACGUGCUGGGGGCGGGAGCAGCGAUCGCAGCUAUGGCGUCGUUACUUUGGGGAGGCGACGCAGGGGCUGCGGAGAGCGAGCGGCUGAACAGCCACUUUUCAAAUCUCAUCCACCCCCGGAAGAACCUUCGGGGUAUUAAAAGUACCGCAGUCCCAAACAUAGAUGGUUCUCUUAACAUCGAAGAUGAUGAUGAAGAUGAUAUAGUGGAUUUGGCAACUAAUUCACUCUUGAACAAGUUAAUCCGUCAGUCCUUAGUAGAAUCCAGUCAUCGAGUAGAAGUUUUGCAAAAGGAUCCCAGCUCUCCACUCUACUCAGUAAAAACAUUUGAAGAGUUGAGACUAAAGGAAGAAUUACUAAAAGGAAUCUAUGCAAUGGGAUUUAACAGGCCAUCCAAAAUCCAAGAGAUGGCUCUUCCUAUGAUGCUGGCACAUCCUCCCCAGAACCUCAUAGCACAGAGCCAGUCUGGAACAGGAAAAACAGCUGCCUUUGUCUUGGCAAUGCUAAGCAGAGUGAAUGCCUUGGAGUUGUUCCCACAGUGCCUCUGCUUGGCUCCUACCUAUGAAUUGGCUCUGCAGACUGGCCGUGUGGUUGAGCGGAUGGGAAAAUUCUGUGUGGAUGUUCAAGUGAUGUAUGCUAUUCGAGGGAAUCGAAUUCCCAGAGGCGCUGAAGUCACCAAACAGAUUAUAAUUGGCACUCCUGGGACUGUCCUAGAUUGGUGUUUUAAGCGAAAAUUGAUUGAUUUGGCUAAGAUUCGUGUGUUUGUCCUGGAUGAAGCAGAUGUGAUGAUUGACACCCAAGGAUUCUCAGAUCAGAGCAUUCGUAUUCAACGAGCUUUGCCCUCUGAAUGCCAGAUGCUUCUGUUCUCUGCAACAUUUGAGGACUCUGUGUGGCAGUUUGCCGAGCGAAUCAUUCCUGACCCUAAUGUUAUCAAGUUGCGCAAAGAAGAGCUGACCCUGAACAACAUCCGACAAUAUUAUGUGUUGUGUGAGGACAGGAAAGACAAAUAUCAAGCUCUGUGUAACAUUUAUGGUGGCAUCACCAUUGGCCAGGCCAUCAUCUUCUGCCAGACGCGUCGAAACGCCAAGUGGUUGACCGUGGAGAUGAUGCAGGACGGCCACCAGGUGUCCUUGUUAAGUGGGGAGCUGACAGUGGAACAGAGAGCUUCCAUCAUUCAGAGGUUUCGGGAUGGGAAAGAGAAGGUUCUUAUAACGACCAAUGUUUGUGCUCGAGGGAUUGAUGUGAAGCAGGUCACAAUUGUUGUGAACUUUGAUCUCCCUGUAAACCAAGCCAAAGAGCCAGAUUAUGAGACCUACCUCCAUCGCAUAGGGCGAACAGGACGCUUUGGGAAAAAAGGCCUGGCUUUCAACAUGAUUGAAGUGGACAAGCUGCCCCUGCUCAUGAAAAUUCAGGACCACUUUAACAGCAGUAUUAAGCAGCUUGACCCUGAAGACAUGGAUGAGAUUGAAAAGAUUGAAUAUUGAAGAAAGAACUCUAUUGUUUGUGAGAGAUAGUAGUUUAUGUGAGAAUGUUCCAGUGAGUUUUGAAGGUAGUUUUUUUUUCUUUUUUUUUUUUUAAAUGUUCAGUCUAUUUCAAUGUGAAACUGUUCACAGAUGGCAAAAUAAAUGACUUGGUACCCUUAGUUGAAGACCUGAGGAAUUUUUGAAAUCAAAUUGAUGUGAAGCACAUGAUUCUUUUGAAUAAAAAAAAAGCAAGAUUCUUUCUUA